GUACUUGAUCCCAUUGGAUGAAAACCGGGAGCUAAUGGUCCGAUGGGCUUUUGGUGGCUUGAUCCUAUUUGUUUCUGAAUUGCCACGUUAGGAUUUGGACAACCUCCUUCACGUUGGUUUUAUCUCAAAGUGAAUCGCGAGGGUUAAGCAGUGGGUUAAAUUACUUUUUUGUACGAUACAUUUUAAGCAAUUUGCACAAGGAACCACACGCCUCCAAUAUCACCUUGUUGCUGGUGUGAAGUCCCGCAUUGUCCGCUUUUCCAGAUUGAAGCAGAGGAGUCGAAACCAGGCGCUUUUAAAAUCAUCUGAAGAAAUUCAUCGCUUCGCAAAUGCAUCGCUUCGCCCCGAAAUCGUGUGAAGUAUUUUUUAUGAUGGAUGGACAAACUGUUUUGGGCUUCAAAAUCUCGACUCUCAUUCACUGUCAUUAUAAUGCUUGGAAGAGCCAGGACAUUUUUUUUAUUUAAUAUAAAUCUGAUUGUAUUCAUCUGAAAGAAGAAAGUCAUAUAUACCCAGGAUGGCUUGAGGGGCAGUUAUUGAGUUGAAUCCAGCACUGAAUCCAGCGAGCUUAUCCAGCAGCAACAGAUCAUUGGGUAAUAUUGGCAAUGAAACCUGAUGGGGUGGCCAUAGCACCAUCUGAACCAAUGGAAGCCGAUGGAACAGAACCUAUAAUCGAACUAAACGAGAAUGAUGGGGCAUCUCAAAAUCGCACUACACCAUCACCCCCACAACCUGAUGCUCCCCAAAAUGAGCAAACCGCUCCUCCAACUGUAAAGGAAGCUUCUGAGAAAGCAGUAGAUGCUAAAAGCAAAUGCAAAGGGCCAGUCAAAGGCAAGAUUGCUGCAGGUCCAGCUAUGACUGGACCUGGUACACGACCCAAAGCAACCCAAAGCCGUGUGGCUAAUGGCCUCACAAAGACUGCAUCGAGUACCACAACAAAGAAACCCAUUCCAGUUAGCACUGCUGCAGCAGACCAGAAGAAACCCACCACUAACGUUGGACCUUCUGGUCCUAGUAAGAAACCCGUUGGUUCUUCUACUGCCAUUGCAACUUCAAGGGCCCAACUUAAAGCAGCAACUGUUGGAACUAGCAGAUCAACGACAGCUGGCAUAGCCAGCACAGCCACCAGCCUGAGUAAGAGACCUGCCACAGCUGCCACUAGUGCUUCAACCAAACCCAAAACCACAGCUCCUGCUCCAAGGCAAGCUGCUGCCAAACCCAGCAUUUCAGCCAAAGCCAAAACCACUGCGGCUCCCAAAACUAACAGGGCAACUGGAAUUUCUGCCCCUCAACCAGCUGUUACUUCAGCUACAGGAAGAACAGUAACCGGUACAACUACGUUGUCUUCUGCUGUUCCUAGAACAAGCCGCACUGCUACACAACAGCCUGUUAAACCCCUGGUUACAGCAUUAGCUGCUCGGAAAGAUGCUGGAAAAACAAACACUACAGCACCUGCAAAAAAAACUGUUGCCUCAACAAUAUCCCGUCCAGCUGCCAGCAAGUCUUCAAAUUCAGUGGCUUCAAAACCAGUUGCCACUACCAAACGGCCUCCAACUAGCAUCAAAUCACCUCAAACCAAACCAGAUGACAAAAAAUUUAUACCAACACAUAAGGUGCCUCCUAGUCCACGAAACCAUCCUUCACGGACCGCAACAGGCAAGAGCACUGCAGCAUCUUCCGGUCACAAACAAGCAGAGAGCAUAGUUGGUGUUAAGCUUCAGCCACCUAAACCGACACAGUCUGUUUUGCCACUUGUCAAAAGAAAGCCUGAUGAUAAAGAACCUGCAAGAAAACCUGAUGAUGAAGUACCUGCAACAGAGCCUGUACUUCUUUCGACAGCAGCUGUAGCAACAGCUACAGCCAUAGCCAGGGAAGAGCCCGUUUCAGAGCCUGAAGCUACUUCAACUCUAGAGAGCUCUCUGGAUGUUCCAACCUCUUCUUUAGAUGUACAGGAAAAGGUUGAUGUGCAGGUCACUAAUGACAGCUCCCAAUGUGUGCUGGAUGUAUCUAACAAUGAGCCAGAGGCUCAAGAGGCCUUAUUAGAAUCUGAUCCUGUUGAAGUGGCUUGUCCGACAUUGACUGUAGUCAAGGAGGGAUCUGAAGAGCAGGUGUCUGGAAAAGAUGAUGAAAAGCAUAUUGCGGUUGUGGCACCAGUUGUACAGGAAGCAACUGAGCAGGAAAUCUUAACUGCUUCACAGAUCGAUAACUCCGCUGCUACAAUAGUGUCCACUGGUGUAGAGGUGGAUGUAAAAGCUGAACAGAUUAACAGUGACUGUUAUGAAGAUGUGGAAGAAGAAGAGAGGGAAGGCAGUCAACAAGUGUCUUUGUCAGAAAUGAGUGGCACCCAGCCUACUGAAGAGUCUCGUCCUGGGUCAGCUGGGCUUGCUGGGUCCAUUUGGCGUGCAGGGGCCUUGCUCUCUGAGCUUGACUCUGAGGAUGUGAGUUGCAGUCAGCAGGGAGCAUCAGAGCUAAGUGCUCCAGGCGUUCUGGAGGGCACUGAGAGCAUGGAUGAUAUAGGGGAUGCAAGCCUUAAAGGAGCUGAUGGUGAAGGUGCAUCUGUUGGGUCCCCUGACUUUGAGAAGGUUUCUGAUAUUCUUACUAAUGAAGAUGAUGAUGAUGAUGGUGAUGAUCGAAUCUGUGACAUGGAGGUUGGGUCGGAAAGAGCAGAGGACUCUCAUAGGCAGCAUCAUGACAAUGAGGAUGAUGAAGAUGUAGAGAUGGCAAGUGAGGGCAUUACUGAGAGUGGGCUUGAAAGUUAUGGGAAUGCAGAUGAAGAUGACUUGACCGAAGACUAUAAAUUAGACAACUUGAACCGAAUCCAGCCUCCACCCAUGGUUCCUUCUGCCCCUCUUGCAACCCAGUGGAACCAGUCUAGUUGCUUUGCUGAUGCCUGGGCUCAGCCACCACAUCCUGGCUCUACACUUCUUUCAAGUCCUUCGUCUGAAUGUCGGCAAGCAGAACCAGAAACCCCAGCACAGACACCCAUUCAAACAAGAAUUGAUGUUCACUCUGAAAGGGGCUCUCCAUCAAACCUUUUGAAGUCUCCACCUUGCACCCCUCACCAAGCCCCAAUACCUGCUGCAGUGGGGGAUGUUAGCCCCAAACCAGGCUUGACACCCUCUCAAACCUGCAAGUUUCAGUCUGAGACUUCCAGUGACCCUGACCUAGCAUCUGACAGUAACAGGGACAAAAGUAUAGCAGAAGAGGUGAAACACAACAACUUUUCUAGUACUGAGACUCAUUCUGAAGUGGAGCUCCAGCCAGAACCACUACACCCUGCCCCCACUGUAUUGACAGACAUGCAGGAUCUAGGCAUCCACAUUGAAUGUGCUGAUGAGGAAAAAGAACCUGAAACUCUGCAAGCUGAUGAUCUACUGGGUGGUCCAGCAACUGCUUCAUCAUCUCCUUCAUCAGCUACUGAGGAUGAGGCAAGUGGCACAGAAGGUGAAAUGCAGAUCAGUGACCCUCAAACUGAACAAUCUGGCACUGGGAAUGCCUAUGGAACAGCACAUGUGGGACACAACCCGUCCGCUCUAGAGGAAUGUGAAGAAAUGGGUGGGGAGAAUGAAGGUUGUGGUAGUGAGACCCCUCAGUCUGCUACUUCUGCUGCUUCCUAUGGCUUUGACUACAUGACCUCUAACUCCAAUGCCCAGUCAUCUGCCGAGAGUUGCAGCAAGAGUCCUGGCAUCUUUUCUUUAGAAAAUGAAGAGCAGCUCCCAGAUGAGGCCAAGGAUACAUCUCUUCUUAAAGAGUUGACCCUGAUACCUGCUACUGCAUCUGGGGAAAAGAUUGACCCUAUUAAAAGCCAACAUGGAGAGUUCCAGUCUCACCCAGAGCAGCAGUACAUGCUAUGUGGAGAGUCCAGUGAGCUGCCUGAGCCUGAUUCAGUACCGGGAGCUGUACUCUUGGAGUCUGGUUUGAUUAAUUCUUCAUCCCCACAGCACCUGGAAGAGGAACAAGAUCUUGACAAUCAGCAUCCCUACUACUCCACUAUAUGUGAAAAGACUGAUAGUCCCCUGGCAGAAAGUAACUCCCACUUUCCACCACAACCAAGUGACUUGCUGUCCAUCCAAAUGACGAUGUCAUCCAAACUUCGUCUCCAGCCACGUGCAACGAGUGUGACCCAACCAACACGGCUCCCCACUGACCUCCCUCCCAGAACACCAAAUGUGGUGUCAAACACACAGCUCCGAUGUCUAGAGCAACACCAACAUCACCUUCAUGAGAUCCAGCAACGGCAGGAGAAGCGUAAUCGAGAACAAGCGAGACAAGAAGACUCAAAAGAGGAGAAACCAGCAAGGAAUGAGAGAAAGCAGCAGGAGGAAGAACAGAGGAGACAUUUACUUGAGUUGCAACUUAAGCAGCAAGAGCAAGAACUUAAGCAGCGACAGCAGAUCAUGCAGUGGCAACAAGAACUUGAACAACAGCAGCAGCAAAAUCACAAGGUCCAUACACCAGUCGUCCUCUCUCCUUCAUCAGGUCUCACCACCAUCUAUGAAACUGUGGAAACGAGUGACUCAGAAGACGAAGUGGAUGAGGACGUAGAAGAUAGAAGCUCUUUUAAUGUGUGCCCUGAAAAAGACUUGCAAACAUGCACUGAAGAAAAUGACUCUGCUGAUCGUUACUCACAAUGCACAACACCUUCCAUGGGGUCCAUUAUUCAGGGUCCACAUCAAGAACUCCAGGAGGCAGACCCUGCAGCUGAUCAUGACAGUCCUUCUCCCUUGGGAUCUCCUGAAUGGCCUCUGGAGUUUGACUGGGGCAAGAAGGUGGACAUUGUCCAGCAGCUUAUCAAUCAGACAUUACUGCUUGCAGGUGAUGGUUGCUCGCCCCUACUUCUGCUACCUGGAGGAGCAGGUGGGACACUCAGCCCCCUCGAAAGCAGCCUGUGGCCCAACUUGUUGCCACCUCUGACACCCCCUUCAGCCACCGUGACGUCUGUGAGCAGCUUCUCACCUGAGGCUUCAGGCAGCUCUGCUCAGGGUGAGUGGACCGUUGUAGAGCUGGAGACACACCACUAAGGAAAGUUGAAUAAAAUGCCUGCCAAAUAUGAACUUUUGGUCUCAAAGACUAGAGAUCAAGGUCUACCAGUUGGGAAGCACAUGUUGUAGCCUUAGAGAAUAGAGCAUUCUUUUGAUAAAAUCUUACUUGAGAUGUAGUCAUGGAUAUGACUGGUUCAUCCAUUUUUACUCUGCAGCAUUUCAGCAAGUGUUGUUCGAGUAGAAAAUUGUGUGAACCUGAUACUGCAUAACAGUGUGCUGGACUAUCACCAUCUUUCUCGUUCUUUGAUUUUUGAGAGUUAUUCUAGUGCUGUGAGCUUUCAUUUUCACUUCCCACCCAUCCAAAAGAAAUGGAACACAAUAGUCCAUGCUUUUAUGCCACUGAUACAGCCUCUCUGCCAAAUUGGUCAGCCAUAAAUGACCUGCCCUCAUGCAAAAAGGCCAUUUCCAUAAGGUUUAAUGGAGAUUUCUUGCUGGCUUGAACUACAUAUAUUUAUCUCUUAGUCAUUGAGCAGGCGGCAAAAUGCCAACUCUAUGAUUGAGCAAGUUAAAACAAAAUGGGUUCCUUUCUCUGAAGACUUGGAGCAGAAGAUCUGUGAACAAGAUAAAGACUUGAGAUAAAUUGAAACGUAGGGUUUAGAAUUCAGAUCAAGCUGGCAUUUUUUUCUUGUGCUAUUCUGAUAACAAAACUUCUGUUUGACACAAGAUUUGUAGGAUUAACUACAGAGUGAAGUAGAGUAUGUUGAAGUAAAUUUGCUGUAAAUGUAAAAUGUUAGUUGUUCCAAAUUAAAUGUUUAAUUUAAGUGAUAACUGUGAUGACUAUAUAAUAGAUAAUAUAUUUUUUUUCCAAAGCAUACACAGCUAUCCAAAAUUGUAAACUGAUUUGGUUCAAAGAUAUAUAUAAAUAUAUAUAAAAUCCUUAUUAUAAAGAAGCUUGACAAAUGAUGUUCAAAGUAAUGUUUUUUUCCCCCUUCAAGUAUACGCAAUGCUUUAACCUUUGAAAAAUAGCUGACACCAGAAACUUUACUAUUCUAGAUUUAAUGUGUUACAGGGAUUUUUAAUUUAUAUUAAUUAUAUUUUUAACAACACAGGAAAAACUGUGCAGCUACAUCAAAUGAAAUCAAAUCUUUACUGUGAACCUUCUGAACACUGUGCCUCCCUUACCUCCGAACUAUAUGAUUAUUAUCUAUUUGUGGAACAAGGAGCAGCUCUCAUAACUGCACUUAUGCAGUUUAAAUGAAGUUUUCUGGUUUGUUGUGCCUGAGAUUAACUCCCACAUUAGAAGGACUCUUUGCUAAAUAAGCACAGUCAUACACUGUCACAAUCUCCCAAAUGUUUACUGUCCCUACUUUCGGUUUGAGUUAACUGUUUAGUCCUGUCUAGUAUGAGGAGUUUUUUUUUUUUUACUUUGUAUAUUUCCCUUCCUUUAAAAAACAAAUUGAAAAAAAAAAAAGUUCUGAAUUGUUGAAACACAGAAAGAAUUAAAAAUGUAAUUCAAUGGGUCACAUAAUGAGUAGGUCUGUUCACCCAAAUUUAACAUAUAAUACUUAUGAAAAAAAAUCCAAUGUUAUAUUGAUGUUUGUGACUCUGGUGAGGAGUUUUGUCUAUCACAUAUCUUGAUUGAAUGAAUUGACUGAUCUCGGCCCAGUGGAAUGUUUGAUCACAAUUUGAUUAUUGGAGCUAGAGUUGUUCCGAUUCCGAUACUAGUAUCGGAAAUAUCUCCGAUACCACAACAAAUUCUGGCAUCGGCAUCGGCGAGUACAUGAACCCAUAUACCGAUCCGAUACCAUUUUCUUAAAAAAGACCUAGUUAUGACCGCAAGCUUUGCCUAACCGCUGCACGGUUCUUCUUCGCUGCUCAAAAUGCAUUGAAAACACAGGAAGUUGUGCUGUGUUGCCACAAGCAACCCCUGUUUAGAGCAGCGAAGAAGAAAUGAAAACGCGUUAGCAGCCCUUAUCUAUAUAUGACUGGAUCACUCAUCACAUUCUAAACUGCCAAAAGACAGUGAAGCCGCUACUAUAUUAUAGAUCAGUGGUUAGCAGUAUGUCUCUGUAGUACCGGUAGUUACAGACUCUCGAGUAUAUUCAGUACCGGCAACUGCGUUCAGUCGCUUCCGUGUAAGUCAAAACGCAGGGCUCCAGACAGUAGCCGAAUAUAUACUAGUGUCUGUGAAUAUUAAACUGCAAAAUACUAUUUAAAUAUUACUCCCGCAAAAUCUACAUCUCUGUGGGUGACUGGCACAGAUGCGCGAGAGCUCGCUGUUUUGUAGUCUCUGCUGUGUGUCAUGAGGACACGAACGCAUAAACCGUCACUUCAUGAGAAUUUACCGUUUCAUUUGAGAAUACUGUCAUAUCAUAAACACAGACACUCAAAGAUCUUCAUGGCAGCCCAUUAAAAUAAAUGUUUGGUUUACAUGAGUAAAUUGACAAUAUAUAAAGCUACUGUUGUAGCCUACAGUAAUAAUAAUACAUCUCUAUAAUAAUAAUAAUUAUGCCUAGAUGGUUGCUUGUUUUUUACUUGUUUUUUACUUGUUAGAGAUUAUCUGAUUAAUAGAUCUUUUUUUAUAUUCCUAGACUUAUUUGUUGCAGUUUUUUUAUACAGUUAUAUUGUAAAACUUAAAUACCUUUUUUAGUUUGCGGUGUUAGAUUUUUGGCUGCAUUUGAAGUUCUUUUUUGCAUAAGAAAAUAAAUAAUACUGUCAAAUUCAUGUUAGAUAAUAAAAAUACUGUAAUAAAUACAGUAGUUCACCAUGUAUUUGUUCAUGUUUUAUUGAGGGAUCUGUCUGAAGCACACCAUAAAAAAAUUCUAGCAAUUUACACAGGGCUAGUAGUAUAUACAGCUGUAUAUACAGAUAUACACCCAGGUAUCGGACCAGUACUCGGUAUCGGCCGAUACCCUGAGCCCAGGUAUCGGAAUCGGUAUCGGGAAGAGAAAAAGGGUAUCGGAACAUCUCUAAUUGGAGCCCCUAUUGUCUGUUUUGUCAUAUGUGAUGGUACGUGUUAUUUUAAAGGAGCAAUGAUAAAGUCAGUUUACUGUAUUAUGAAGAGAUUACAAUUUUAAUUGUAUUUGUACUCUACCGGUGUACUUCCAAUUUGUCCAGUGAUGUGAAGUAGUUAGAGACUAUAUAGUACUGUGUUUGACACUGUAAAGGUAGAAGAAUUUAUUUAAAUGAUACUUUUUUUUUUUUUUUUAAGUAAAUAUCAAAGCAACCGCUUUACAUUAUAAUCAGGGAACACAGGAAUUUCAGGUAGAUUUUUUGACUUUCACUGUAUUUUGGCUACACUACUGAUAAAUAACUUGACAUAUCACCAUUACAAAUACCAAACAGGGAAAGCUACUGCAUAGACACACAAACCAGCAGUAAAAAAUGCACUGAAAAUAACUUCAUAGCUUUGACUGGGCUUGAUAUAUGAAGGAAUACAAUAAUAAUGCUCUGCCCUCUUCACUGAUCUUUACCAUGUUUGCAAAGACACGACUGCUUAUGUGUGGUACAUAUUCCAGCUUUUAUUGUGUAUAUUUUUGUAAUUUAUUGUUUUGAAAGGAAGGAUUGUUUUAUUUCUUUGUUUUAUAGAGAAAAGUAGGCUGCCAACAGGUUUUAUUUCUGGACUUUGUAACAAACAACUUGGACGGCCUCUGUAUUUUAAUGUUUUUGUGAAAAUAAAAUUGGUUUGACAUUUCAUCUUGAA